GGAGAGACGCGGUUGUGUAAAUACAACAAGAAGCGAGAAGCCUGGGUGAAUGUCGGAGACCGAUAAAAUGAUGUUGUGACUAAAGUAAAAGAGGUUGCUGAGUCCCGGUGUGGCAGAGGCAGGUGAUGCGGGGUUGGCGCUCCAGGACGGACUCCAUGGCCGUACCACUAAACUCGGCUGUGGAGACAAAAAAAGCUCAAGCGCUGCUGCAGACUUUUAGCACGGCAUCUCUGUUGGCCAGUGCCGGACUCGGAGCCUUCUGCCUUCUGGCUGAUACAGUAGUGACCUCAUCGUUUGUCCAGCAGCAUGCAUGGCUCAGGGUUGUGCUAGACAACUCUGUCCACGGUGCGAUCGCACUCUGGUCCUGGGCUAUCGUCAUCGGCUUAAGGAAGAAAACUGACUUCUAUGAAGUCUUACUGGCGGGCUUUCUUGCCUCCGCUAUUGACCUGGACCAUUUCUACAUGGCUGGCUCACUGUCACUUAAAGCUGCUCUGAACUUGCCCCGGCGUCCUCCGUUACACUGCUCCACACUGGUCCCAGCGCUCUGCUUCUCCUUACGUCUGUUCAUGUGGGUGUGCAAGCUGAAGGACUCGUGGUGCUCUCUGCCCUGGCUGCUCUUCAUCUCACUUGCAUCACAUCACAUACGGGACGGAGUACGCCAUGGCCUUUGGCUCUGGCCCUUCACCAACACGCCGCCCAUUUCCUACUGGCUCUACGUCACCGUUACUGCUACACUCCCCCAUCUUUGUUCUGUGCUCAUGUACCUGACUGGCACCAGAGACGUGAUCUCUACCAAGCACGGAGUAGCCAUUGAUGUCUGAUACGAGUAUUUCAACACAUUCUUGCACUGGAACUGUCUGUGGCUGCAGACGUGUGUGACCUAAACAGCUCAGCAUUGCCUCAAUCCUCUCAAACCCAAUUUUUCUUUAAAUACGAUUAGAAUUUAUUAGGUGCUCGGGUGGUGCAGCGGUACAUUUUGCUAGCCCACUACUGCUGGGAUCCAGGGUUUAGCCCACUGGUAGCUUGGUUUGCUUAAGUAGAACAAGCGUUCCAACCUAAUUGUAUGCAGGUAAGCCCAGAUAAUUAAGAUUGGCUAAUAAACUUGUCCAAUAUUUGUGUAGUAUCGAUGUAGAACAGUGUUUCAACACAGCAAUGCUUUAAAGUAAAGAGUGGCAUUAUAUUACAUCAGUAUAUAAUUCAGAAUUAGACAAACCACUUGCCUGGAUGCCUAAAACAAGCAGAUUUUGACUGGUUUACCAGUUUUUUAUUUGCUUUGCUCAACACGACUGCUGCUAAUCAACAUUUUUUCCUCUGUCAUUCAGAGAACAAAAUUUUAUCUACCAUCUCUACCUUUUCCAAUUCAUUUAUUUUACAAAAACCACUAUACACACUGCUUAAUUUUAAAGAGCACUUGGGUGGUGCUACAGUAAAAUAUGCUAGCCCACUAUCACUGAGAUCCAGCCGGCACUAAAAGUGCACUGACAAUUGUACCUCCAAAUGGCUAGGCUCUUCAUUCUCCACCUUAGACCUAGCCAAACUUGUCUGUGUAGCAUGCCCCCAUGCAACAGGGGUCCAACAGGGGAAAUUAUGGGGUACACUAAUUAGGGGAUAGAAAGUCGUGAUAAAAUAAGCAGUGUGGGAAAGGACAUCUGGCAAUAAACAACUGUGCCAAAUUAGAGGCACUAUCAGAGACACUCUGAUUGGCUGUGAAUACGUUUUCACGUCACCUUGAUGUUUAUAAAACACUGUUGACUUUCAUUGCUGUGACUAAAACGCCCUCAGUUACAUUCCUUGUUCCUUCAGGUUGUGUUAAUGCAUCCGGUUAGCCAAGUAGCACAUUAUGGAUUUGUAUUCAGUUAUGCUGACUGCCUUUUUAAGCAUACUUGUUUUGGGCCUGGAAUCGGAUAAACACUGCAGGAAUUAAUUUGUGGUUUAUUCACUCCAGAAACUUAUUCGAGACCAAAAUCAUGGCUAAAAUGGAAAUGCUUUGGUAGUCAUUCGUGCUAGACUUGCUUUUAAACUAGCUUGUAGGUUUUUAGUUCCUGGGCUUAAAUUCACAGGAUUCACAGCAGCCCUUGUGUAAGUGAUCCACUUUUCCCUCAGUGGUGUAGACUGCACUUUCAAAAUGUUAGGCCAAAUAUUUCUACACAGAUACUUUGUCCCAGGCUACAGAAUUUCUUUUGUGGUGCUGGGGGGCAAACAGAAGCAGGUAAAAGGAGAAGGGAAGUCAGGGUUAGACAGCAGGGGGCGUUAGUGGUCUAAACUUUGUUUUUAUGUUUUGUUGGUUGGCUCCGUGACUGUAAAAAGUGACUGGUUUUUAUUUGCACUUUAAUUUAUGAGUCUUUUUUGAUAGUUAUUAUCAUGUAAACAAAUUGCUAUAAUUUAUUCUCGAUAAACUCAAUAAACUGAGUUGAUAUAGGGAA